AGGGAUGAUGAAAUCAAGUGUUUCCCAGGGACAGAGUCCUAUAGACUCGCACCAUAGGAACCUGGAGGGGACCACCGAGGGACACUCAUGGGGACAUGAACGGGGGAGGGAUCAUGCGUGGGGUGAGGGUUUGGGGGACCCCGCCCAAACCUGGGGGACUGCGUGGGACGGGAGUGGCCAGUGCACAGACUCCUCAUGUCCCCGCCCCAGGCUCCUGGACCUGCCGUGGGAGGACGUCCUGCUCCCGCACGUCCUCAGCCGCGUCCCCCUGCGGCAGCUGCUCCACCUGCAGCGCGUCAGCAAAGCUUUCCAAGCGCUUGUGCUACUGCACCUGGCGCGCCUGCGCAGCUUCGACUCGGCACAGGUGGGCCCCCAGGUCCCCAGGGCAGCCCUGGGCCGGCUGCUGAGUGACUCGGAGGGGCUUCAGGAGUUGUGCCUGGAGUCGUGCCGUGACUGGCUGUCCGAUGAGGACCUGGAGCCGGUGCUGAGCCGGAACCCCGGGCUGCGGCGCGUGGGGCUGGCGGGCUGCGGGCGGCUCAGCCGUCGGGCCCUGGUGACGCUGUCCUUGAGCUGCGCGCAGCUGCGCUGCCUCUCGCUCGCCCACUGCGACUGGGUGGAUGGGCUGGCCCUGCGGGGCCUGGCCGACCGCUGCCCGUGCCUAGAGGCCCUGGACCUCACGGCGUGCCGACAGCUCCGGGACACGGCCGUGGCCUACCUGGCCCAGCGCCGAGGGGCACAGCUCCGAUCCCUCUCCCUGGCUGUCAAUGCGAACGUGGGGGAUGCCACUGUGCAGGAGCUAGCCCGAUGCUGCCCGCAGCUCGAACACCUGGACCUCACCGGCUGUCUCCGAGUGCGGAGUGACGCCAUCAGGACCCUGGCAGAGUAUUGCCCACGGCUGCGCUCACUUCGGGUACGUCACUGUCAUGAUGUAGCUGAGUCCAGCCUGAGUGCCCUGAGGAAACGUGGUGUGGACAUUGACGUGGAACCACCCCUGCAGCGGGCCCUUGUCCUGUUACAGGACGUUGUGGGCUUUGCUCCCUUUGUCAACCUGCAAAUCUGACCAAUCAGUGAAGGGUGGAGGAUUGGGGGUUUGGUGAACACAGCUGGACUGUGGAUCUGGGAACACUGCUGUGCUGGGGAGAUCCACCUUUGUCUCCUUACCCCCAACUGGGAUGGAGCCUGGAUAGUGUCACCAGCUUGGGAAGGAGGGGGAAGAGAGAGAGAGAAAGAGUGCUGGACUGAGACUGGGGGGAGGGUAGGCAGAUGUCUCUGGGGAAAGAAAUAAAAGACUCUCCUUGAACCUGG